AUGACACUUACAACGACACAAAUUCCGACAAAAGAAGUAGUCAAUCUUCGCAGACUCUUAGCCGUUUGCGAAAAACAAGCUUCAGAAGAAGAUAGUUUAAUACGUGGACCGGAUAAAGUGAAAUAUAUAGCGUUAUUAGAGAAAAUCGAAAAAGGUGACAUCAAUGAACAGAUCGAUAAAACGGCCAUUAGUGAAUACUCGCGUAAAAUUCAACAAUUAUCACAUAUAGUUGAUGAAAAUAAAUUGACAUCUCCAGUGUCUCGCGCAUUUUCACAGGCGCGUUUUAUAAGCCAUGCAAAACAAACUCAAACCGAAAAAAACAAAGAGAAUCAAUUAGAACUGAAAAUGGUACGACGAGCUGAAAAGGAACAAAAGGAAGAAUUGUUACAGGCGCCAACACAAGCAUUUCAUAGAGAACCCAAAGACACAAAGACUUAUUCCGAGAAACGAAGUGAACUAUUUUCUUCUGAGGCAUCCGGCUCUGAAGUUAGGCAACGAAGAACCAAUACCUUUGAUCACGAGGAUACAACGAAUAUCGAAAGUGUUCUACAACAUCACCGAAAAACGCAAGAGGAACUUACGAAUAAUCUAUUAAAAAUGGCAGAAAGAUUAAAAUUGAAUUCGGUGACGUUCGGAGAUAUAUUAUCAAAGGAUGAAAAGAAUAUAGAUGAAGCUCAAAAUGUUCUUGGAAGUAAUUUAGAUAGAUUAAAAAGAGAAGGGGGUAGAUUAGGAAGGUACGCUGCACAAUCCAGUAAGACUACUUGGUUAGUUUGGUCGGUCGUGUUAUGCGUGUGCGUUACGUUCGGGUUGAUGUUUAUGUUAAUUCGUAUAUUUCCCAAAGGAUAA